AUGUCUACAACCAAGCUAACUUUUCUCUACCCGCAUCUGUUCCGCGCGGGAGGGCUCCUCGGCGGCGAGAAGUCUGCCGCCGUCGUCGGCCAGGCUACGUGGGGCUCGUGCCGUCGUCGCUGCUGCCAGAAGCAGCUGCGGGCGCCCGCCCAACCGUCUGGCCUCGCGGCCUCGUUCGCGUCCAUCACGGCGCCCAAGCAGUCGAGCUACACGCGCAGGCACGGGACGGCGGUCGACCCGACGCCGUUGGGCACCGGUUCCACCGCCAGCGCCAGCAACAAGACCACCGCUCAGGCGACUACCGGCGACGGCGACGGCGACGGCGACGGCGACGUGGAGGUGGACGACGCGCAGGCCUCGGUGGGGGCCUCCGACGCGGAGUCGCUGGCGGAAGAGCAGAAGCGGGCGCAGCAGCAGGCGGCUGAGAGCAGUGCGGAUGGGAUGGUUGAGAAGGAGGCGAUGGCCGCUGCGAGCGCCGCUGCGGCUGCGGCUGCGGCUGCUGCCACGAAUACGAGUGCCGACCCGGCCAAGACGGAGCAGAGGAUCCUCGACCCGCCGCCCGUGAUCCAGCUCGGGGCGCCGACCGACCCUGCCCCCGCCGCCCCGUCGGGCGCGAAGAAGAGCACGAGCGGGCCGAUGGAGACCAUCCUGAGCCGGGAGCCGCCGCCGUCAUCAUCAUCGGAGGACCAGGACGGAGCGGUGGCCAACAAGGGCGGCGUGGGCAGCAACGGCAGCUACAGGCGGCCGCCGCACCUGGCGCCGCCGCCGUACAUGCACCACUUUGACAGCUACUCGCUCGUCAAGCAGCUCGAGGGCGGCGGGUACACGCGGGCGCAGGCCAUCACGGCGAUGAAGGCCGUGCGGGCGCUGCUGGCGCAGAACCUCGAGAUGGCGCAGGCCGGGCUCGUGAGCAAGAGCGACGUCGAGAACGAGACGUACCUGUUCCGGGCCGCGUGCUCGGAGCUCGGGACCGAGGUGCACAACGGGCGGCGCGCGGCGGACGAGCUGCUGCGGCAGAACCGGACGACGCUGCAGCACGAGGUGGACAUCUUGGCGCAGUCGCUGAACCAGGAGCUGCUGACGCUCAACGACACGGUCAAGGGCAUGUUCAACGACCGCAAGAUGGCGGUCAGGGAGGAGCAGAAGGCUGCUGACAGCGCUAUCCAGCAGCUGGCGUACAAGAUCAGCGUCGACCUCAACAGCGACGCCCGGUCCGAGAUCGAGCAGCUGCGGUGGGUGCUCAUCCGGCGGGCCGUCAUCGGCAUCGUGUUUAUGGCCUUCAUCACGCUGGCGACGCUGCGGUACGCGACCUACCGCCGCUACGUCAAGGCGCGGGAGGCGGAGAUCCGGGAGAAGGAGGCCGAGCUGCUCAAGCAGAACGACGGGCGCAAGGAUCAUAUGGCGUCGCCUGAUGCGGCUGAGAUCCUGGCGGCGAACUGA